AUGACAUUGAAGCGGAUGCUCGUUGGAAGAGCAUCCUUGAAACCUCUCGUUUCUUGCAGAUACGGCCAUAUCAUAUCUGUUCACAGAGAGACUAAGGGGAAUAACGCCAAUAUUGCGUUCGAGUUUGAUAAAGAAAACUUGGAAAGAGCCAAGAGUAUUCUAGCCAAGUAUCCUCCUCAAUACAAAAAGGCAGCUGUUAUGCCAUUGUUAGAUUUGGGACAGAGACAACUGGGUUACACUUCUAUUUCUGUUAUGAACUAUGUAGCCAAGUUCUUGGACAUUCCUCCAAUGAGAGUCUACGAGGUUGCUUCCUUUUACACAAUGUAUCACAGAAAGCCUGUCGGUAAGUAUCACGUUCAAGUGUGUACCACCACUCCUUGUCAGCUCUGCAAUUCUGAUAGCGUGAUGCAGACUAUUGUUGAUCACCUUGGUAUCAAGCCUGGUCAAACUACUCCUGAUGGACUAUUCAGUUUGGAAGAAGUCGAAUGUUUGGGCGCUUGUGUCAAUGCUCCAAUGAUGCAAAUUAACGAUGAUUAUUUUGAAGAUUUGGAUUCCGGCGAGAAAGUCGUCAAGAUUUUAGACGACCUGAAGGCCGGCAAGCAUCCGAAGGUUGGUACUACCAAGAGAGGCACAUGUGAACCAUUCUCUGGUCCAAGAGUGUUGAAGAGCCAGCCAUUAGAUGUCAAGACUGUCACUAGGGAUGAUUUGUAA